ACCUGUGCUCUUACCUGCAUCUAGUCAAUCAUUAAUGUUUUCAGUCCGACAGGAAGUGUUCAGAUCAACACAGAAGAAGAAGAAAACGUCUCAGAAUCCUCCCUGAUCCAGGAGAGUCACAGGUGGACGGGUGUAGAUUAAUACAGAAUGGGAAGGACGACGAACUGCAGCUGGAUUGGGUCUGAGCUGCCUCUGUCUUCACAGGUAUUCAGUGCCAUUAAAGAUGAGCUGUGGCUCUUCCUCAUCCCGGCCGGCCUGGCUGUCAUCAUACUCGGGGUGUUUCUGGAGGAGGUGGGCUUCUUCCUGCGUCACAUCCCUUCCUCCAGACGUAAACGGCUCUACCUGUGGAUAUUAGGGAUGUACCCGGUGUUUGUGUUGACCUCCCUCAUAGCGCUGUAUGUGCCCCGCUCUUCCUCGCUGUGUAAUUUCAUCGCCUCUCUGUAUCACUCCAUCACCUUGCUGAAGUUCAUGGGACUCAUCACAGACUUCUUCGGAGGGAAAGCUCGCAUGCUGUCCGCUCUGUCCGGACAGCGGGUAUCUCCAGACCCGUUCCCCUGUUGCUGCUGCUGCUGUCUCCCAAUGGUGUCCAUCAGCAGCAGCAGCCGUGGUUGGAUGAUGGCCGCUGUGCUGCAGCUCUCUGUGGUCCGCAGCAUUCUGUUCUUUGUCACUCUGGUCCUGUGGACGGAUGAACAAUACGACUACGGUGAUGUGGAUUCUGUCGACCCAAACCUGUAUGUGAACGCCAUCAUAUGUGUGUCCACCUUUGUGUCCUUUUACGGCCACCUCCUGUUCUACAAAGCCACAAAGAGUGCUCUACACGGCUACGGACUGAGAGCCAAGUUCAUCUGCAUCAUCGUGGUGUUGGUGCUCUGCGGUCUGCAGAGCGGCAUCUUAGAGACCAUGGGGGCUCUGGAGGUGAUCCCCUGCACGCCACCUUUCUCCACCCUGGCCAGGUCCCAGUUGAUCUACCACUACUGUGUGAUCGUGGAGAUGUUCUGCAUCGGCCUGUACGCCCGCCACACUUUCCGUAAGGUGGAGCCGAGCGUGGUGGAGGACGAGGAGAGGCUGGUGGGUGUGACGGACAAAGCCGUUCAAACAGACGACGUUCAGAGGACUCGUCCGGAGCCAGGACAGAGAUCAGAGGAGGUUCGGCCCGGACACUGCCUCAGCAGUGCCUCCGAUCAUCACAGCUACAGUAACAUGGAGGACAGCCUGUGCAAGAUCGAGCACACACCUCUGGAUGGUUUCCCCUUUCCUCCGGCUAGGAGGUCACGCAGACCGGAACCAGUGGAGCUCGGGCCUGUAGAGGAAACUGGUGUAGACGUGACCCAUGUUACUGUUAGGGCUGAUGUGAACUAUCAGGAAUCUAAAGAUGUUACGAUGGUUUGACAGAUGAUGGCAUCAAACAAAAGACUAGAUUAUGAUGGCCCUGGAUUGGAUACAUGCGGGCAUAAGGAUUUACCUUGGAACUGGACCCCCUGUGAUAUUACAUAUGGAGCAAAAACGGACACAUAUACGUAUUUACAGAGAAGACUUUGCCUGACUGUAAAUACUCAUUCUCAACAUUAUGCAGUCACCAAACCUGUACAGCUUAAACUUAACCAGGGGUGUUGAUUGAAUUGUUUCUACGAUGCAUCACGAUGCGGAUGUGGACGAUUCUGUAUUGAUGUAGUGACAGAUCAUAAUCGAUUCUUGCGUACUGACUUUGCUCGUAGAUAUUCCCGCUGUGACCUUCACCCAUAUUUAUUUGUGUUUACAAUGUAGAGUCAUGUAUGUUGAUGUUGGUUUCUAAAGCACUUUCUAAAAAAUAAAAAAAAGGGAUUUCAAAUUUA